AAUAAACAUUCUAUUGUUCGAAACAAAAUUAAAAAUAGUAAUUAAAGAAACACGCACAAAAACCCCACCUAUAAAUAUUCCCGUCAAGAUAGUUUCAAAGCGGAGCUCAGGGACCUGUCAAUCUCCAUCAAGUCCUCGGGAGCGGCUCUCUGCGACAAUGACUACCUCAAAGCGCCUUUCAGACCGGAAAGUUGCAAAGUUUCAGAAGAACAUCAUGAAGAGGGGUUCAGUUUCUGAAACGUCAACGAAGAAAGGAAAUGGAUACCCAGUUGGGCCGAUUUUGCUUGGGUUCUUCAUCUUCGUGGUUAUUGGAUCAUCUCUGUUCCAGAUUAUCAGAACAGCAACAAGUGGUGGGAUGGCCUGAGACCAGGAGGGAGGUUGCACAACAGGGAGCUUUUCCAAUGGCUGUCGUAAUUAACAUUAGUGACUUUGUAAGAAAGUUGUGCAGUUGUGCUAUAAACCAUCCUUGUGCACUUCAAUAAAAAUAAAAAUGCCCUCUUGAGUUAUUUUACACA